GCUGAUUCGGGCAGGAAGAACUGCGAUUUUUGUAUUUUCUAUUAAUAUUUGUGAACUUUCCGCGAAAUUCGCGUCAACAUUUCUACCGUGGAAUGGAUAAAAGUCGCGUCGCGUUCCUAUAGAAGAAAAUGUUCGCCUUUGUGAACUACUUGAAGAAUUUAAUUUACAACAUGUUGGCAAUAUUUUCUUUCGGUCGGAAAAAGCUCUCCAAUACGUUGAGCAUCUAUGUGAAAACCAAUACGGGAAAUACGCUCUCGGUGGAUCUGGAACCGCACAUGGACAUCAAAGAUGUGAAGGAGAUGGUGGCCCCACAGCUGGGGCUCGCUCCGGACGAGUUGAAGAUUAUCUUUGCCGGGAAGGAGCUAUCCGAUACGAUCACCAUUAGUGAAUGCGAUCUAGGGCAGCAAUCAAUAAUCCAUGCGGUCAAGGCUAGGACGAUGCCAAAAACGGCAAUCAAUGGCAAAACAAUGCUGGAAACACCCAUUUCAGAAGAAAGUCCCGAGGAAUUUGCUUCUACAAAACCACUAUGUGAAACUUUGACCGACCUCCAGAUGACGGAGGUUAACGAAAAGUCAGGAAGUCCGGUCAGAGAACGAAGGAAGGCACAUUUCUUCGUGUAUUGUUCCCAGUGCGAAAAGGUAUGUACUGGCAAACUGCGAGUACGGUGCGGAAUCUGCAAGAGCGGUGCCUUUACUGUCCAUCGGGAUCCGGCCUGUUGGGAUGAUGUUUUGAAGAAGAAGCGCAUUACGGGACACUGCGAAAACUAUGAAAUUCCUUGUGUGGAAAACGAACUGGGGGAUCCACCGUUUACCGAGUUCUAUUUCAAAUGUUCCGAGCACUCUUCCGGUGGUGAGACGGACUUUGCUGCUCCGCUGAACUUGAUCAAGACAAACCAUAAGGAUAUUCCCUGUAUCGCGUGCACGGAUACGAGCGAUACCGUCUUGGUGUUCCCCUGUGAGGCAGGUCACGUCACUUGCCUGGACUGUUUCCGCCAGUACUGCAUAUCUAGACUGCUGGAACGUCAAUUUCUGGAACAUCCUAACGGUGGAUAUACGCUACAGUGUCCCGUAGGUUGUGCGAGCUCCUACAUCGAACAUGUACACCAUUUCAAGUUACUGUCGAAGGAACAGUAUGAGCGGUACCAGCGCUUUGCUACUGAGGAAUAUGUUCUUAGAAAUGGAGGGGUGCUAUGCCCCCAACCCGGCUGUGGAAUGGGUCUACUCGUUGACGCGGAAUGCAAACGAGUGCAAUGUCAGAACGGCUGUGGUUUCGUUUUCUGUCGCAAUUGCCUGCAGGGCUACCACAUAGGAGAAUGUCUGGAAACGCCGCAACCAAAUGCGGGUGCCGCACUGAACUAUACCAUCGAUCCACUGCGAGCGUCCGAAGCGCGAUGGGAUGAAGCUUCCAAAAUUGCUAUCAAAGUUACCACCAAACCGUGUCCCCAGUGUCGAACGGCGACAGAACGAGACGGAGGAUGCAUGCACAUGGUCUGCACGCGAUCUGGAUGCAGCUACGAAUGGUGCUGGGUCUGUCAGACCGCUUGGACCAGGGACUGCAUGGCAGCGCACUGGUUUGGUUAGAGCUACGAGGGCGAAUGUAUCUAGGUAUACAAAUUUACGUGUUGGAAAUGUUUUUUUUUGCCAUACGUGGAAUGAUUGAGAUUGAGAUUAU